UGUCGCGAGACGCGAGUAAACGCGUGUCACGGCGAUACGUAACGCAUUUUUGCGCUGUGCGUUCGCAGUGAAGCCGCGUGCCAGUGCCCUAUUUCAUCAAGCGUUCUUGAAGCUUCACUCUUUAUAUUCCUCGUGUUCCAUCUUUCGUGUACUGUGAAUCUGUGUGCAACGCGAGGCAUAGUUACGGGUUAUCGUCAUAUAAUUUCAUUGCUCGUUUAAAUUUAUGAGCCACAGUAUAAUCAGGGUGUUGCUCAACACUUGUCGUCUUACUCUUGACCAAGUGGUGACAGGAGGAUUGCAGAGUUGUCGUCUUUUGUACUCGUCUGUGUUUGGUUUUCAUUGUGAAGCUUGUGGCAUAAAUUUGAAACUCGAGCUGAGAAACGAUGAAUGCCUCAGAACAUGGGUUUAACCCGGCCUUUAACAUGGCCUCCAUAAAGCAAGCUUUCAAUGAGGCUGUAGAAAGAGUCUCAACAGUUAGGAUGCCUGCGCCUACGCGGUUGAGGGAUCUGAUUAGACAAAUACGAGCUGCACGGACAGCGGCGGAAGAGAGAACAGUCGUCAACAAGGAGUGUGCGUACAUUCGCUCGACGUUUAGGGAAGAGGACAGCGUGUGGAGAUGUCGUAACAUUGCAAAAUUACUAUAUAUCCAUAUGCUGGGAUAUCCAGCGCAUUUUGGUCAAUUGGAAUGCUUAAAGCUCAUCGCUUCGCCAAGAUUCACGGACAAACGAAUCGGUUAUCUAGGGGCCAUGUUAUUACUGGAUGAACGGCAGGACGUGCAUCUCCUGAUCACAAAUUGUUUAAAAAAUGAUUUGAACAGUUCUACGCAAUUCGUCAUCGGUCUGGCGCUGUGCACUUUGGGUGCGAUUGCGUCUCCGGAAAUGGCGAGGGAUCUGGCGGCCGAGGUCGAGAGAUUGAUGAAGUCGCCGAACGCAUACAUAAGGAAGAAAGCGGCGCUCUGUGCCUUUCGGAUUAUCAGGCGCGUGCCGGAGCUAAUGGAAAUGUUCCUGCCGGCGACUCGUAGCUUAAUCACCGAGAAGAAUCACGGGGUCCUUAUCACCGGUGUCACUCUCAUCACGGAGAUGUGCGAGAACAGCGUCGACACGUUAAACCACUUCAAAAAGGAAUGCGGCCAUCGUGAGAUCGUGCCAAAUCUUGUAAGAAUCUUGAAGAAUUUGAUCCUAGCUGGAUAUUCGCCUGAGCACGAUGUGUCCGGAGUAUCCGAUCCGUUUCUUCAAGUCAAGAUAUUGCGUUUGCUGCGCAUUCUAGGACGCAACGAUGUCGACGCGUCCGAGGCAAUGAACGACAUUCUUGCUCAAGUCGCGACUAACACCGAAACCAGCAAAAACGUUGGUAACACGAUACUUUACGAGACGGUUCUCUCGAUCAUGGACAUCAAAUCGGAGAGCGGACUUCGGGUUUUAGCGGUCAACAUACUCGGUAGAUUUUUACUGAAUAACGACAAGAAUAUCAGAUACGUGGCCUUGAACACGUUGCUGAAGACAGUUUACGUGGAUACGAGCGCAGUGCAGAGGCAUCGAUCAACGAUUCUGGAGUGUUUAAAGGAUCCGGACGUAUCGAUCAGAAGGCGCGCGAUGGAGCUGAGUUUCGCGCUGGUGAAUUUCAGCAAUAUCAGAAACAUGAUGAAGGAAUUGCUCUUGUUCUUGGAACGAGCGGACCCGGAGUUCAAGGCUCAAUGCAGUAGCAAUAUCGUAAUGUCUGCGGAGAGAUUCGCGCCUAAUAAACGUUGGCAUCUCGAAACAUUGUUCAAAGUACUCGUCGCGGCUGGUAAUUACGUGCGAGACGACGUGGUGGCGUGCACGAUACAGUUGAUCUCGGAGACGCAAGCUCAACAGGGUUACGCCGUCAGCGCGUUGUGGCGAGCGUUAGAAAAAGACACGUCCGACAAGCAACCGUUGGCGCAAGUAGCCACAUGGUGCAUCGGCGAGUAUGGUGAUCUGUUGCUGUACAGUCCGCCGUCAGAAGAUGCCGAAACUCCAAUCAACCUGACGGAGGAUGAAGUAAUCGAUGUUUAUCAAAGGCUUCUCUGGAAUCCACAGAAUACUGUGGUUACGAAACAGUACACCUUACUGUCCCUCACGAAAUUGAGCACGAGGUUCCAGAAAGGUCACGAGAAAAUUCGUCAGAUCAUAGAUACGUUUGGUAGCAAUUUGCAUAUCGAAUUACAGCAGAGAGGUAUCGAGUUCUCGCAGUUAUUCCGGAAGUACGAUCACCUGCGGCCUGCGUUACUCGAGAGAAUGCCGCCGAUGGAAACCGCGCGACCGCAGGCUAACGGUAUCAUAGGCAUGGUGAACGGUGAACCCGAACCGGAAGAUGAAAAGUCCACGGUAAUCGAACCAGCCACGACUACAUCCGAUUCAAGUGCACUUCUAGAUUUACUUGGAACUACGGAUGUGGGAGUGACGAUGCCAACAACGACCAGUAAAAAUCCCUCGCCGAGUUCGACCGCGGUAGCGCAUAAUAACGACCUGUUGGACUUGCUCGGAAGCUUAGAUUUGAAUACGCCUACGCCUGCACCUACGCUACCACCACAGCCGCAGGCGUCCACACCGAUAUUCAGUCCCACUAACACCAGCAGCAGCUUUCUGGUGGAUGGUUUGCUCAGCACCCCGUCAGUUCAAAACGAUGUACCGAGCAUGGUUGUCUUGGAUAAGUCGGGGCUCAAAAUAACGUUUAAAUUAGAAAGACCGCCCGAUAUUCCUGAUUUGUUAGUCAUAAAUAUGUUGGCUCAAAACUCCGGAAGCACCAUUUUAACCGAUUUUCUGUUUCAAGCAGCAGUUCCUAGGACAUUCCAACUACAAAUGUUAUCCCCGUCGAGUACCGUCAUUCCGCCAUCUGGUCAAGUAACUCAAGUACUGAGAGUGACAAAUAUGAACAGAGCACAGCUAAGAAUGAGAUUACGUAUAUCAUAUACAGGCCCGGCCGGACCAGUUUUGGAACAAACGGAAGUGAAUAAUUUUCCCCUGUCGACAUCACAGUGACAAGACGUAAUACAAAAAACAUUUGUACAUAUGCCUGCCUAAAAUAAUUAAUCGAGUCUAAAGACAGACUGAGAGCAAAAAGAAAAAAAAAAACACAAUGUCGUCUCUUCGUCGUGAGGAACAGUGAAACAUACUUGGCAAACGGAUAUAUCUCUGACAACAAACGUUUUUAAUUAAUUAAGCAAUUGAACCCUUGCGAACCGCGGCGUGUAUGAGACGUGAUCUAAACUUCGUGAGGAGUCUCUGGGUUUGAAACGGCGAAAUUUGCGAUUUGAUUUUCGCACUUAAAUGUCGGGUCAUCUGACUCAAAUCACUCAAAUGUGUGAGUCAUCUGAUCUUCGCAGGAAUGAAUUUCCCUACUAAAAGUAUCAAUCAAUUCUCUCGGCACGCGUGUGUAUGUGAGAGAUGUGACGAAUCUGUGUGUGCGCGGGUGAUUUCGCGCCAGAGUCUUUUGUGAGUUAAUUCGCAUGUCAUUGCCAUCAUUAUCGUUUAUACAUAAUUUUGUUACGCGGGAGAGGAACGAGAGAGUACGUGUUUCUCGUGUAUUGUGUGCCGCGCGUGUGUGUGUAAGAAUGAAAAGUGUGAGAGAGAGAGAGAGAGAGAGAAAAAGAGAGGAGAAAGAUGUAAAUAUUUUUUCUAAACUAAAACACGCGGAGGUUGAGGAGAUAUUGUACUCGGUCGCAUUCCCGUCGUUUUACGGCUACUAAUUUAGCGCGUAAUUUCUCACGUAGGCUAAAAAAUGAAAUAGAGUACGGAGAUAUAGAAAAUAAAUAAGAGAAGAUGAGACAUACACACAUGCACAUACAUAUACACAUACACAACGCAUGCCACUUGAGAGAAACAUACAGUUCAGAAAAGGAGAGGAGGUUCCGUCACCAAAAGUGCUGUCGCGCUGCCCCAGUUAUCGACGAGAAGGCGCUUAACUUUCACUGUAACAAAUCUUUUUCUACUACACGUUUGUAAGUAAGACGCCGGAUGACGCGCGCGAUCGUUCUGUAAAUAAUUAUUAGAUAAUCGCAAUGACUAGAGAGGAAUGUAGGAAAAUUCUUACAACGGGGGGGCAAAAGCAAACAAAUGCGAAACGCGGAUCCUUUCUGAUAUGUGUACACGCAAUAGAAUCAUUAAUCCAAUAAUGAAUAAUACCUGUGUUUUCGUCUUCGAAAGAUAUUAUUUCUCCUUUUUUUCUUUUUGUAUAAAAGGAAUAUAAUAUACACGCAUACAUAUACCUACGCUAUAAUACGCGCACACACAUACACACACAUACACAAUUCAUGUACGGACGUCUACGAUACAUUACGUGCGUAGCGAUUCACAUAAUUUCAAACGUAUUCGGAGUACAGAGUAACAUUGGAGGGCUGAAUUCUGAUUGUCAUGUUAUCUGUCGCGCGUACGUAUGUGUGUAUGUAUGUAUGUAGAAUUCAUCACAUCCGAGUGUAUUAUCGCGAAAGAUCAGGACUAGCCGUUGUUUGUUGUCGAUUAUUUCAAGUCUUUCAAAGCUGCGUCAGAAUGAUAUUUAAUAAUCUGCAUGAGACGAGUGCAAUUGCGUCGAUAGUGUACUCUCUUUGCUCGAUUGCUUAUUUUUAUUAAGUUAAUUCUUAGGAGAAUUACACGAUACUACGAGUGGAAGCUGUAACAUACUAACGUAACACUCUCGUCUGGCAGAGAGAUUGUAAUGCGAAGUGGGAGAACACACUUUGAUGUUUUAAGGUUGAUUUUAUUCGCGAACUGCAGUUAAGUCAUGUCAGUUUGUACAAAGGUCAAGAAACGUGAAGCUAAGAAAUAAUUAUACAUACGUUGAAACCAGAAAAACACAGUCGGCUUUACUUUUUAAAUUAUCCCGUGUUUAAACGGAGGAAGUUCUUAAGUUGCGCGCCAGACACUAACGUCGAACAACAAAUUGAUAACGAAGUAACUCGGUUGUACGUGUCCGUGUUGGCUUUUUAUUGUUUAAUUUUAGAAUUGUUUUUAGUAUUCAAUUCGAAUCAUGCUUGUAACGUCAGGUGCCACUAUGAGUGAUGUCGUUUGUACAUGCAUAUAUGUCCAGGAGAAAGAGAAAUACGGAUAUAACUCGCUCAUAUUUAACAUCAUGUUCUACGAUUUUAUAUAUAUAUAUAUAUAUAAUUAUAUAUAUAAAAUUGUAAUAAUAUAUACUUUAUCGAAUUUUUUUACGCGAGAGCGCUGUGUGAUGAGGGACAAAUGUGAGUUCUACAUAAGUAUACAAUUUAGGAAAAAUAGUAUGCCGGGAGCAAUAGUUGGCGGAAUCGUUUUCAGAUAUCUAUUUUCUUUAGAUUUUCCUACGAAUUAAGUUUAAAAAAAAAAGGAACACGUUGAUUGUACUUAAUUAUUUACUUUGCUCCGCGAUGUAACAGCAUUAUAGCGAGUAUACUUGUAUUAAGUGUAGAUGUGUAUGUGUAUAUGUGUGUAUAUAUAUAUAUAUAUAUAUAUAUAUAUAUAUAUAUAUAUAUAUAUAUAUAUAUAUAUAUAUAAUCAUAAAGAUAUCCUAGUUUUUUUUUUAAGAGCGUCGAUCUAGCACUUUUUUUCCAAGUUGUAUAUCGUACGUUACCUUCUGAUUUUUUAACCGGAAAACUUUUGUAUAACUUCUCAGAGGUUUGCGAUUAGGUUUACAAUUGAGUAUACAACUCUACGCAUUUUAGCUCCGUCCCUGAAUACGUUGUUGUGCGAGAUGCGAGAAAAAGAAAGAGAGAGAAAGAAUGCGAAGUGUAGGAAUUAUAUUAAUUAGAACAGGUGGGUGCGUUUUUGAGUGGCCUUGUCCUAAAGUCUGUGACACAGCGCGUCAGCCCUUCAGUGGGGGUUUGCUCUGCCUACUUGUUCUGAAUAUUAUAUAUUAGUUUUAUAAACAUACCUAUAAAUAUAUAUAUAUAUAUAUA